CACUAAAAGAAAAAAGAAUGUGCCCGGCUUGGAAUCGGAGCAGCGCGGCCUGACGUGCAGCCGUAGGUGCGGUCGACCUCCCCACGCCGGCCACCGGAUCCGCCAUCGCUCGAUCCGACCUCCUCUCUGGUUCUUCGCCCCACGGAGCAGCGGUGCCCUGCAGCGAGUGUGACAAGAGGAUCCAAAUGGCAUAAUCACAGCUAUCUAUUAAGGUGUUCUCCGAUGGCUCAAUUCCUGGAUUUACGGGCUUUUAUUUUGCGUGCGCGUGUCCUCAAAUUUUAUAGGCAGGCACUGCGUAUGACUCGCCGAGCCCCUGAACAUGCUCGUGAUGAGUUGAGGCAGACAGUACGGGCAGAGAUUGAAAAAAAUCGCCAUUGUGAUGAUAAGCAAAAGAUUAAGUUUUUAAUUAGUGAAGGACUACAGAGAUUGAAGGGUCUUGAUGAGAUGCUUGACAUGACAGGAAACGGAUAAUCUGAGCUGUAUCAUGGGGACUGUUUCAAUAUUCAGUUAUGUCCCUUGUAUUCAUGGAAAUAAUUGUUUUCACGUGGUUCAGUUUUCACAGACAGCCGAAGCUGAAAACUAGGCGUGCUGGACUUUCCGUGUAAAAUCUGUGCAACCUUUUUAUUUGAGAAUGCAGAUCAGGUUAGGUGGGCAGUGAUAAAGAGUGGACUUGUGGACAGUUACGGCACAAGGUCCAGAUUACUUUUCUUGUAAAACACUGGGAUUGGACCUGCACUUUAUCGCGACAACCCUUUUGUAUUUGUAAUUUAGUAGCCUAAUGGGUGUUUUCUGUGUGUGGUGUAUUUGUGUUCAUUGGAUUGAAGUCAGAUCCCAGAGAGGUUGUACGGUUGCAUGCUGGUGUGGCCUGGCCUCUUGUGCCCUUCAGUUAUGUCAUUGCUUGCAGUCAUUUGUGGUA